AUGGCAUCUGCUACUACCUUUUACGACUUCAAGCCCAAAGACAAAAAGGGCGUUGAAAAGUCCAUGGCUGACUACAAGGGCAAAGUCGUCCUAGCCGUCAACACCGCCUCCAAAUGCGGCUUCACGCCCCAGUACGCCGGCCUAGAGAAGCUGUACAAGGACGUGACGGCGAAGCACCCGGACGACUUCGUCAUCCUCGGCUUCCCCUGCAACCAGUUCGGCGGUCAGGAGCCCGGCACCGACGACGACAUCCAGAGCUUCUGCCAGCUCAACUACGGCGUCACCUUCCCCAUCAUGGGCAAGACCGACGUCAACGGCGACAACGCCGACCCCCUGUUCGAGUGGAUGAAGGCAGAGAAGCCUGGCCUCCUCGGCAUGAAGCGCGUCAAGUGGAACUUUGAGAAGUUCCUCAUCGGAAAGGAUGGCAAGGUCAAGGAGCGCUGGGCUAGCACUACGAAGCCGGAGAGCCUGGAGAAGGCUAUCUUGGAGGAGAUCGAGAGGGCGUAA